GGGCGAAGACAGGGGUGCCCUCAUGUCCCAGCGGGCGGCAGAGGCGGCGGCGGAGCCGGGGGCCGCUCUUAUUCCGUUCCUUCGGUGGCGCUGGGCGCUGCUGGUGCUGCUCUUCGUCGGCCAGCUCCUCCCCACGCAGGGAGGUGCCGUACGCUACGACCCCACCUGGCAGUCGCUGGAUACCAGGCCGCUGCCCGGCUGGUUCGAUGAAGCCAAGUUUGGCGUUUUCAUCCACUGGGGCGUGUUCUCGGUGCCCAGCUUCGGCAGCGAGUGGUUUUGGUGGUACUGGCAGAAAGAGAAGAAGGAACCCUAUGUUACAUUUAUGAAGACAAACUACCCUCCUGGAUUCAGUUAUGAGGAUUUUGGCCCUUUAUUUACAGCUGAGUUUUUUGAUGCCGACCAGUGGGCAGACAUUUUGAACGCUUCAGGGGCCAGAUAUGUUGUGUUGACAUCAAAGCACCAUGAAGGUUUUACUCUCUGGGGAUCGAAAUAUUCUUGGGCUUGGAAUGCUGUUGACAUUGGGCCAAAACGGGAUAUUGUGGCUGAGCUGGCAUCAUCCAUUCGAAAGAGAACUGGCUUGCAUUUUGGACUGUAUCACUCAUUGUUUGAAUGGUUCAAUCCUCUCUUCCUUGAUGAUGCUGCCAGUGUCUUCAGUAAAAAACAAUUUCCCAAUGCCAAGUCACUCCCAGAGCUGUACGAGAUUGUGAAAAGGUACCAUCCAGAGAUUCUCUGGUCAGAUGGAGAUGCAGCGGCCCCGGACACUUAUUGGAAUAGUACUGGCUUCCUUGCUUGGCUUUAUAAUGACAGCCCUGUUCGUGAUGUAGUCGUAACAAAUGAUCGCUGGGGAGCUGGCUGUAUUUGUAAACAUGGAGGGUAUUACACUUGUGCUGAUCGAUAUAAUCCAGGACAUCUUUUGUUCCAUAAAUGGGAAAACUGCAUGACGAUUGACAAACAAUCAUGGGGAUACCGAAGGAAUGCACAGUUGAGUGAUUACCUCACAAUUGAAGAGCUUGUGCAGCAACUAGUAGAAACUGUUUCAUGUGGAGGAAACCUCUUGAUGAAUGUUGGGCCCACACAUGAUGGCCGCAUUCCUGUUAUUUUUGAGGAGCGCCUGAAGCAAAUGGGGGCAUGGCUGGCAGUGAAUGGGGAAGCCAUUUUCAGCACCAAGCCUUGGAGAGCCCAGAAUGAUAGUGUUACGCCAGGAGUAUGGUAUACAUUCAAACCAAAAGAAGAGAUUUUGUAUGCCAUUUUUCUUAAUUGGCCAUCUUCAGGGACCCUUGUGCUUGGUGAACCAAAAGGAAUUAGUGGGAAGACAAUGGUGACGCUGAUAGGAUACAAAGAACCCUUGCCAUGGAUUUCUUUGGGAGAAAAAGGAAUGUGGGUGGAGACACCUCAGUUGCCAUAUAAACCUCCGUAUCAGUGGGGUUGGACUCUACAGCUGACAAAUGUGUAUUAGUGACAACCAUUUUCUUUCAAAUUCCCAUCAUAAUUUUUGUGGAUAAUUGGAGCUUAGUCAAUAUGGGGUUACUUAGUGUAUGUGUGAGCCCAGAAUGGGAUAUUGGUCAUAGGAAUGAUUUCAUACAUUGAUCUUUUUCCUUAUUCAACUUUCUUUAUUCUAGCACCUUUUGAAAUGAGGUCAUAUGAAAAUAUAUAAUACUUAUCAAGAGUACACAGGAAAUAUAAAUAAAAUGUAAUGGUUUACAAAA